GAGCGGAGCGGAGCGGAGCGGGGCCGGGCGGGCAGCGCCGGCGGCAGCAGCGCUGAGCUCUUUCCCCAGAGCUUUGCAGCCCUGGGCCCAGAUAUGGCACCUGGGAAGCCUGGGAAGAGCACGGGGGCCUCAGAGAACCCCUCGGUUACACUUUUCCGGGAGUACCUGAGGAUUGACACUGUCCACCCUAAACCUGACUAUGAUGCGGCUGUCCGGUUUCUGGAGCGUGUGGGCACCGACCUGGGCUUGGCCUGCCAAAAAGUGGAGGUGUGCCAGGGCCGUGUGGUGCUGAUCCUGACCUGGCAGGGCACAAACCCCCGCCUGCGCUCCAUCCUUCUCAACUCCCACACCGACGUCGUGCCUGUCUUCGAGGAGCACUGGACCUACCCGCCUUUCGAGGCAGUUAAAGACUCACAAGGCAACAUCUACGCCCGAGGUGCCCAGGAUAUGAAGUGUGUCUCCAUCCAGUACCUUGAGGCCAUCCGGAGGCUGAAGACAGAAGGGAAAUCUUUUGCCCGCACCAUCCACCUCACCUUUGUGCCUGAUGAGGAGGUGGGCGGACACAAGGGCAUGGAGAUGUUCGUGCAGCGCCCUGAGUUCAAAGCACUCAACGUGGGCUUUGCCAUGGAUGAGGGCCUGGCCAGCCCAUCUGACACCUUCAGCGUUUUCUAUGGCGAGAGGAGCCCAUGGUGGAUAAAGGUGAAGUGCAUGGGUAGCCCCGGGCACGGGUCCCGCUUCAUCAGCAACACGGCGGCUGAGAAGAUGCACAAAGUCAUCAGCUCCUUCCUGGCCUUCAGGGAGAGCGAGAAGCAGAGGCUCAAGUCCGACUCAAGCCUGACCCUAGGGGAUGUCACCUCUCUCAACAUGACAAUGCUGGAGGGGGGUGUCUCCUUCAACGUGGUGCCCUCCGAGAUGGCUGCUGGCUUUGACAUCCGCAUCCCACCCACCGUGGACCUGAAGGCCUUCGAGGAACAGGUGGCCACAUGGUGCCGUGGUGCCGGGGAUGGUGUCACCUAUGAGUUCCACCAGAAAUGCAUGGACCAACACAUCACCUCCACGGAGGAGUCGGACCCAUGGUGGAAGGCCUUCAGUGGGGUCUGUAAGGACAUGAAGCUGCAGCUCAAGCUUGAGAUCUUCCCAGCUGCCACUGACAGCCGCUACAUCCGAGCGGCAGGACACCCUGCUAUUGGCUUUUCACCCAUGAACCGCACCCCAGUGCUGCUCCAUGACCACAACGAGUUCCUGAACGAGCAAGUCUUCCUGAGGGGCAUCGAGAUCUACGCCCGUCUCCUGACUGCCCUGGCCUCAGUGUCCCCGCUGCCCGCCGAGGGCUGAGUGCCCAGCGAGGGGCAGGAAGGGGGUGCCAAGCAGAGAGACCCAAGGCUUUAAAAGGAGGGGCAGGGGCUGGGCACAGCAUAAACCUGCUAACGUGCUGGGGAUUUAGAUGGAUGGCAUCAUGCCGUGUUGGUUAUGUUCAGGGCUGGCCUGAUGGUGACACCUGCAGGGUUGUGUCCCCCUUGGCCAGGUGCCAGUAAAGCCUCAUGCCCAGGUGCCUCCAGCCUUUCCUGGUGUUGUCAGUGCCUCUUCCUGUCCCUGUGCCAUCUCUGGCUGCACUGGCUGGGUGGUGAGGGGCUGGCCAGUGCCCCACUCUGCCUCCCCAUGCCUUGUCCUGCCUCCCUGCCCACUUGCUGGGGGAGCUGGGGCUAGUGCUGCCCACCCUCCCUAUCAAUAAAUCUCCUU